CACACCUGCAGGUCAGGUGAGUCAGUCGCACUGUGGUGUUCAGAUCUUCAGGCUGGAGCCUCAGUAUGGUCACGUCUCCUCUUCACCUCCAUCCACCAUGUACGUGAGUUACCUUCAGCUGGACAAAGACUCCUCCAUGUACCCGCACCAGAACCCGGUCGCCCGACACCCGGGCCUCAGCCUCAGCCCGCAGAACUUCGCGGUGCCGGCGCCGCCGCAGUACUCGGAUUUCGCGGGCUACCACCACCACCACCACCAUCACCCGCACCACCCGCACCACCCGCACCACGGACUCACUAACGACCCGGUGCAGCAGGCGACCGGCCCGGGCGCAGGCGGCUGGAGCCCGGCGUAUCCGCCUCCAUCCGCAGCCGCCGCGCCGCCGCCGCGUGACGACUGGUCCACGCAUCAUCAUUACGCCGCCGCAGCGGCAGCGGCCGCGUCCACCGCGUCCACGGUGCCCGGCGCGGUGGGGCCCACGCUGGGCUUCAGCCCCCCGGAGUUUAGCGGGCAGCCGCCCGCGCUGCUGCCCGCGUCCGCGGGGCCGCUGUCCCCGGGCUCCCCGCAGCGGAGGAACCCGUACGACUGGAUCCGACGCAGCUCCGCACCGCCCGCAAACCCAAAUGGAAAAACUCGCACCAAAGACAAGUACCGUGUGGUUUACACCGACCACCAGCGGCUGGAGCUGGAGAAGGAGUUUCACUACAGCAAAUACAUCACCAUCAGGAGGAAGGCGGAGCUAGCGUUAGCGCUCAGUCUGUCAGAGAGACAGGUGAAGAUCUGGUUCCAGAAUCGCCGAGCGAAGGAGCGAAAGAUCAACAAGAAGAAGCUCCAGCAGCCGGCCUCCUCCACGACCACGCCCACCCCUCCCACCGGGACCAGCGGCGGAGGAGGAGGCGGUCUCCACAGAAACGGUAGCAGCAGUGUCACUAUGGUGACGAGCAGCAGCGGCAACAACGGGCUGGUGUCCCCGUCGUCUCUGCCUCUGAACAUCAAAGAGGAGUACUGAAGACGAGGGACGCUGAUGUCCUUAUUGGACGCUGAUGUUUCUAUUGGACGACGACGUCGGGGAUCAGGACAGAAUAAAAAAAAAAAGGUCUACAGGUUGAAAACCUCCUGACUGGCGUCAACGCGUCAAACUCCUCCUCCCAUCAGGAAACUCUGUUGCCGUGUGAUUCCAGCUGACGAGUGACGUAGUGAAAGACGCUAACGUGGCGUCUACACGCGGCUCUUCACUCCCAGCGCUUGUUGUUUUAUUCAAACUCACAGAACUUUUGAUUUUCAAUAAUUUCCCGCAAAAAUGAAGGACGAGGCACAAGGAACAUUUCCAUCUGAUGGAAGGUUGCAGCCAAUGAAAUUUUAGCUUUUUUAAAAAGUGCAUUAUUCUGCUUCGCCAACAUCGUGGCUUUCACUUUUCUACCACUAGAGGGCGAUGACUGCUGCUGAAUCACAGCCUCAGGGGGGCGCUCUAAUUUGAUAAUCCCUUCUCAUAAGUCGCGAUGAGGAGGAUACGACCUCUGAACACAAGUGGAAUGCACUAGCAGUUAAGUUUUUCUCGCUGAAAUGCAUGCUGGGAGUUGCAGUGACGACAUGAAUUCCCUGUAAAUAUUUAACUUUUACACCUGAACGCAGCACGUGAGCAGCAUCCUCAGAUUAAAGCAGGAGAAUAUAAUCUGCUGAUGCAGCCGCUCAUUUCAUCUGUGAUGAAAUUAUACGACAAAGAAGAAAGAAAAGUGUAACAAUAACGAUGGUUUCGAUUUUGACACAAAAUGGCGGCAACAUCAGCAGUAAAAACGUGGUAAAAACUGACGUUUCCUUAUUUUAUUAUUCAAACAAAUGGACCUGAUGACACAGUUCUAGCUCGGCUCGGCUCGGCUCGGCUUGGCUGUUGACAGAACCUGGUUCCUGGAGCUCUGAUGAGGUUCAGCUGAGCCGACACUAAAAUGUGACGUUGACAGACUGACGACCUCUGAUUGGUCAGAGGUCGUCGUCACCGGAGAGUCAUGUGAAUCAAAGCCAACAAUGUGGAACUGUAUCUUAGAUUUAGCCUUAAUCUCAAUCUAGAAUCUCAAUAUUUAACAGAGGAGAAUUUCCAGGAUUAAAUUCUGAAUCCUCAAAUUUCCGAAGUCCGAUUUCCGAGACUUAAUUCAGACUUCUGACAUUUAAAGUUGGAAUUUGGGGAUUAAAGUCAGAAUUCCAAGAUUGUAAAUCAGGCUUUUGAGAUUUUAAGUGAGAAUUCUGAGUAAGUGAGAAUUCUGAGAUUAAGUAAUUAGUUGUCACUGGAAGCUCCACCCCCUGUUGCCUGGGUCAAGCGACACCCUUGUGCAUCACGUGACACGUGAGCAACGUUCACGCAGCAAACGAAAGUUGUAGUUUUUUUUUAAAGAAAAAUAAAUAUAUCGGAUUGUCACUAAUUCAAAACAUUCACCAAAUUCCAAACCAUUCCAGGAAUUCCAUGACCUGUGGGAACGAGCCGAGCCAGAAGUGUAGAAGUGUUCAAACUUCCAACAAACCCUAAAAUCCAUGUAAAUUUCUGUGAUCUUUGUCAUGUUUAUAUUUUCCAAAUGUAAUUUGUAUUAAAAGCUGAAGAUUUUAUUGUUAACAA